AUGGGCAACCAUCAUGAACCAUUGAGCUACCUGGGCCCCGUUGAUUGGUCGGAUGUCUCACUAGAUGGCCUGAAACCAUUCUUAGACGACGUAUUUUCUGCCGCUCAGACAGUCGUCGAGUCCAUACCGUCGCCCUCGAAUCUCAACGAGAUCUCUAGGGUGUCUGAGACUCCCGCACUGCCCCGCUCCCAGUCCGAGUCCAGUGAGACCAGCGCUACUGUGGCGACUUCCUCCAACGCUCGCCGCCAGAGUCCCGCGGCAGUCGAGCAGUCUCGGAAGCUGCGGGAGGAAUGGAAGGAAGUCAAGGUCAACUCGCGGGAGAACCCGCUUGACAUCAAGGUGUACAAGCUGGCGGCCAAGGACGGCAAGGGGACGUGGUUUGCGAGGCGCAGCGUCCACGACGGCCUGUCGUACGAUCAAUGGGAGAAGGGGCUGGCCGAAGAGCUCAUUGAGACGCUGAAGAUCCAGGGACAGCCGGGAGGAGGGAGCAUCCGAGGAAUCGGGGCCGAUCGGCUGGUAGAGCAGGUUGACGCUCCUGGAACUGGUCAGGCAAAGGUGUUUCACCUUUCUGCACAAUUCCCAGGCCCGACGUCCCCAAGAGACUUUGUGACGUUGUUGUUGACCUCGGACACACCCAAAUUCGUUCCUCAGGACCCUCGAGUCGUCAGGCAGUUCAUGAUUGUCUCCAAGCCUUGUAUUCACCCCGAAUGUGAACCUCAGCAGGGUACGAUUCGUGGACAGUAUGAGUCCAUCGAGCUUAUUCGGGAAGUAUUACCAGAAAAGCCGGCGUCUGAGCGAUCAUCGUCGUCAACGGACAUCUCGGGCAAAAGCAAGAGCAGUGACAAUCUGAGUACUACCCCUCUGGAUUCGCCCCCGAGUACCAGCAAGGCCCAGGAGCCCCCCACUACUAUCGAGUGGCUUAUGAUAACCCGAAGUGAUCCGGGUGGCUCGGUCCCUCGCUUCAUGAUCGAGAAAGGCACUCCUCCAGGAAUUGUGAACGAUGCUGGUAAAUUUAUUAAAUGGGUUACUUCCAGAUCAGCCUCUCAAGAUGUCCGAGAGUCGACCGAAGGCGGGGAGGUGAGACCGGCAGAGGGUAGUGUCCAGGACAAGCCACGCACAGAAUCGAGAGACCCGCCACCAUACGUCGAGGAGCUUCCCUCUGGCAGCAACGAGACAUCUGUGCCGAGAUACAACGAAGAAGAUGUGACUUCCUCAAAUGGCGGCCUCUGGGGGAUGGUCACCGGUGCGUUUUGGGGUGCUAGUUCUGUCGUUUCUGCUGGCUUGCGUAUGCCUUUUGGUACAUCUAGCCUUGGGCAAGAUGAGGACGAGGAGAAUCAACCGGGCACCCCGUCAUUAGAUGUAGGAGAUGAAGAAGACUCGGGUAGUGAUUCUUCUUCGAUCCGAACCUUUACCUCUGCCCUAGAUAGGUCCUUGACGCAGGAGGAAGAUGCCUCGGCCGACGUUCAGCAAUCCAACUCUGACGAUAAAUCCAGCGGAAAGUCUUCGCAACUCAAGGAGCUUAAGAAGCUCGAGGAACGCCGCCGCAAAUUGGAUGAGAAGGCCGCAAGGAUGGCCGAGCGCUGGGAGAGCAAACGACAGGAGGACAAGGAGAAGGAUGCGGCGGCGCUGACCAGGGCGCAGGAGAAGCACGCCAAAGAGGUAGCGAAGCACGAGGCGAAAUACAACCGAGAACUGCGCAGGAUCAAGGAGAAGAAGGAGCAGGAGGAGCGCAAGGCUGAGCAGCGGAGGAAGAAGGCCGCCGAGCGCGAGGCGAAGGCGAACGCCGCCAUGGAGCUUGAGAAGGUGAAGGCCGAGAGGGACUACGCGCUCAAGCAGGUAGAGCUGCUGAAGGCCCAAGUCGGGGAACUUCAGUCCCAGAAUACCAUGCUUACAGCGAAAAUGGGAAAGUUGAAUGGUUUGGAUACAAGCGACUCGGCCUCGGUGUCAUCAAAGAAUACGCAAGGUGGCAAGUCGCCGACUCUGUAA